AUGGAGACAAAUUUGGUAAAUACGCAAUCGAAUAACAAUCAAACUGCUCCUGAUUUUCGUAACGUUGAUUUUGGCACCAUUUCUCAGAACCCUGGCAUUCAAAAUGAAGUGGACGCAAAAGAGAAAACUGAAGACUGCUGGUGUUUUAUUGGUGGCAUAGCAAAGAACACCGAAUACAGGGAUUUGAAAUAUUUUCUGGAGACAUACUUUGGAAAGAUCAAACACGUGGAUAUCGUUAAGAGCAAGGCGUGUGCAUUCGUGGAAUUUUACGAGGAAUCUUCGUACCAAUUGGCAAUCAAUGUGCGCACCGUCAAAUACGGAAAUAAAUUGCUGAGAAUCGAGAAACGCAUGAACAAAAAUAAUAAAGGAAAAGAACGUCAAUCUUGA